UGUUUGGGCUAAGGAUUGCGUUGUGACACAAACACGGAAGUAGUUAGAAACAAGGAAGUAGUUCCUGUCUUUCGUGUCGUCUUCUAUUGUGAGUGUCUGUCUGUCAGUGUCAUGUUCGCCGCAGCGCUUUGGUCCACUUAAUAGAAUUAGACAGUGCGUCGAUUGCGACGAACUCAAGGUUGACAAAUGUGAGGAGUGACAAGUGAAGCAGCUGGUGCAUCAUGGGUAACACACCAUCGAAAGCUGACAGAGGAGAUGAGCCACCAAAGACAACUUUAUUUGAAAAGGAGCCAGAUGGCAUCACCUACAGAAUCCCUGCUCUCAUCUAUCUGAGGCAUUGUGGUACCUUCCUUGCCUUUGCAGAGAAAAGGUCAUCUCCUUGUGACAGUGAUGCCAAACAUCUUGUCAUGAGAAGAGGGGUGCAGAACGACGAUGGCUCUAUUCAGUGGAUGGCGAGCGAAGAUCUGUCAACAGCAUGCCUGCCAGCCUAUCGCACCAUGAAUCCUUGCCCAGUGUUUGAGAAAAACACCAGCACCGUAUUUUUAUUCUUCAUCUGCGUUGUGGGGAACAUCUCUGAGAACAGGCAGAUCUACACAGGUAGGAACAAAGCACGUCUUUGCUAUAUCAGCAGUGGCGAUGACGGCCGCACCUGGAGUGAGCUCAAGGACAUUACAGAGAGCGUGAUUGGACAAGAUAUCGGCAAUUGGGCCACGUUUGCGGUAGGACCGGGUCACGGUCUGCAACUGGAGAACGGCAGGUUGAUCAUCCCAGCCUAUGCCUACUACAUGCCGUACAAGUGCUUCUCUUUCCCUAUUCCUUACACUGUCUACCCACACGCACUGACGCUCUACAGCACAGACUUUGGCAAGACGUGGCACAUGGGUAAAAUGCUCCGUAAAAAGUCAUGUGAGUGUGAGAUGGCCGAGAUCAUAGAUCACGAGGGUGGAAGUCAUCUCUACUGCAACGCUCGCACCUUUGGAGGCCACCGGCGUGAGGCACUGAGCCAAGACAGUGGCAUUUGCUUUGACAAACCCCGCAAGGCCCAAGAACUGGUGGAGCAACCUCACGGCUGCCAAGGGAGCAUCAUAGGCUUCCCUGCCCCGGAGUUCAUCCCCAACGAGGAUGAUGAGAGCAAAGUGUGCAACAAAGGGGACGAAGGGGACGUCCCUUUGUCUCCAGACACCCAAACCUGGCUCCUCUUCAUGCACCCCACUAGCAAGAACAGCAGGCGGGACAUGGGCGUCUACUUGAACCGAUCCCCCCUGCACUCCAGAGGGUGGGACCAGCCCAGGAUCCUCAACAGCGGGCCCAGCGGGUACUCAGACCUGGCCUACGACCGGGACAAGGAUCAGUUCUUGUGCCUGAUGGAGUGCGGCAAGGAAAGUGAAUCGGAGCAGAUUGCGUUCAUGGCAUUUACGCUCAAAGAUGUUAUGCAGGCUAACAGGAAGAACAACGACAAGAUGUCCUGACUGACUGCUGUCGCUUCUGCAAACUUGAAAUCCAAGCAUGAAAGAUGCUAGGCUAACAUCUCUGUCUUUGCUACUGGUCCUCUUUGUGGAGAUGAGCGUGCAUGCAGGAGUCGUCUGGUUGGAUGUUUACUUAUUGAAUUCAGCCCUAAUUAUCAACAAUCUAAUACAUUAUAACCUCAAAUAGCGGCUGGGGAAGAAUAUGUAAGAGUAGAAGUAGCCAUGUUGCUUUUCUUACUAUUGGAGUGGAAUACCUCACAUUAGCACUUUCUAUUCCAUGUUUUUAGUUCAAUUAGAGGUGGAACUAACGGUUCCCUCGCCGUCACAUAUAAUAGGCAGAUGGGCCUGAGCAGUGAGCCAAAGCAGACAUGCACAGCCAAGUUAUGGUAGUAAAACCAGACAGUGUGAAGACAAACAAGUACAUGGAAUUUUACCUCUUCAGACUGGAAUCAGACCUCGUUAGAUAAAGUUCGAUACUUGCCAGCGCUAUUCUGCCAUUAACAGACAGAUCAGGUUGUACAGUGCCAGAACACUGACAUUAUGUUUCUCAUUGAAAGUACAUUUUGGCGUGACACUGAAAAUAGUUCAAUUGGAAACUAAAACAUGGAUGGACAUUAUAAAAACAAAACAGUGUUUUUGUUAUUAAUUUCUUCCAAAAGGUUGGGGAAGUAAUGUCAAUCCCAUUAAUCUCUUCCAGAAACCCAAAAUAGAAGAAAAAAAUACAUUCUAUAGAGAAUAAUUAUAGUUUUACAUGCAAAACAGUGCAGACAAAUGUUAAAAAUGUAGGUACUAAAUACCUACAGUUAAGAUGUAACCUGUGCUGUGAUGUCUAUUUAGGUUUGCACUUGCUGCAUGGCCGUGACAAGAAUGCUUGUCAGACAUGAGGCAAUUAUUGAAAUGGACAAAAGAUACCCAGCCACUAUUUGAGGAUAUACACAUGGAAGGAAUGAAAUGAUUGCUUUAAAGCAUGCUGUGCCGUCAUUAACAAGCUUUGUGUGGAUGCUUGACAAGCUGUCUUUAUCCUGCUGUAGUUUUUUUUUCCGACUUCUCUUUAUUUUCUUUUAAUCAACGAGUCUAGCAUUUCUUCUAUGGAGUCCAGCUUUCCUCCAAUGCCUUCUGACGUACUGUCACGCAGCCUUUGUACCAGAGAAUAGAACCAAUCUAGAUUAUCAAUGAAGUGGCAAUUCUAGAUAUUUAUUUAGAUUUACCUGUCCAUGUAUGCUUGUCCUCCUGAUUGACUGACAUUAUUUCACAAUAAUUCAGUUUUUGUUUGUUUCUUUCGGCUUUUUCCUGAUUUCAGAGUCGCUACAGCGGAUCUUUUGAUCUGCAUACUGAUUUUGGCUUGUGCACUUUAGUAUCUUCCGGAUGCCAUUCAUGAUGAAUAAUUACUCGUGGAGAUUCGAACCCAAGGCAUUUGCUCCGAAGUCCAGAAUGCUAACCACUAAAUCAAACUUUGAGGAUUGUUAUAUUUACUAUGACAAUAUUUUCCCAGCAACAUGAGCAAACUCCAGCAAAAUUAGUAAUAAAAACAUACUUUGUGGUGUGCCAUAUUUGUAAGAAAUUGAAUGCACUUUUUUCAAUCAAAUCCAAUAAUGCAUACAUUUGUUACUACUAAAUUCGUUUAGAAGAUUUGCACUAAUCCACACCCUGAACAUAUCCCCAGCCGAUUGCAGGGCAGAAUUUGCACAAAUAAAAAUCAAACAAGUCACUUUUAUGUCCUCAUUAGGCAAGAAUCUCUAAAGUGGUUCUUCAAUUGUGUCCGUUUUUGUUGUUGUGCAAAGUGACAAAGCUGCAUGAUUGUUUUUUGAGAAAAUAAAAAUAAUC